CGUUGUUUUGUUUGUUUGUUUGUUGAGAACUAUUCAAGAUCAGACUGAUGUAAUAGCGGAUCAAAAACGACAAGGCGGCUUACCGUCUUCUUUUUUCAUCAUCUCAUUUCGGAAUAUUAGGCGAGAGGUGGCAGUUGGCAUGCCGCACUCUUCUGUGCAUAUACGCACACACACUUCUCACGUACAUUACAUGCAUACAAAUUUGUUCCAAUCAAUGCCCCACUUUGUGUUCUGAAAAAGAUAAAGUGGACAGAAUCUCACAAACAGAAGUGCAAAUCCAUUCUACUUUCUCCUCUUUACGAUCACCAUCUGCACAGGUUGUCACAUUCGACUUUAGGUAGAGACAUUUUAUAUAAUAUUCACACCUCCCCCUAAUCUUCAUUCUCAUCAUGGCUGUUAAAGAAAUUGGAAUGGCAGAAGUGCCUCUUCCUGAGGGCUACGCCGGUAACUUGACAGAUGAACAAGACAAGAAGCUCAAAUCGCUAUGGCUAGAUUUCUUCAAAUGCUGUGACGAAGCAAGCGGAAACAAACAAAAAGGUGAAGGCGAAGGCUUACAAGAAGAAGAAGCAGGAGACGCAAAAGAUUCCGGAAUUCCAAAAGGAGAUGAAGCAAAAGAAGAAGCAAAAAAACAAGAAGAAAAAGCAGCAAUGGAAGCAUUACAAAAAGAAUACGGUUCAGAAUCUUUACGUAAUUCUUUUUGGCGUUUAGUCAAAUUUGACGAUCCCGAUACGAUCAUGUUGCGUUUCAUGCGUGCACGUAAAUGGGACACUACCCGUGCCGUUGCCAUGUUGGCAGGUUGCAUCAAAUGGCGUUUAGAUAACGGGGUUGAUGAUCUGGCCGAACAAGGUGAUUUGGUAAAUGGUGAAAAGGUUGAGAAAUUCUUGGAACAACAAAGAAGUGGAAAAACAUACGCUUUAGGUACUGCUUUGAACGAACAACCAAUUUGUUACAUUCACGUCGCUCGUCAUUAUACCUUUUCACAACCAGGUAUUUCCAUGCAAAAAUACGUCAUUUAUGCUAUGGAAUCUUUCCGUUUGUUGAUCAUGCCUCCAAAUGACAAGGCUGUCAUUCUUUUCGAUAUGACUGGCUUUGGUAUUCGUAAUAUGGACUGGAACUGUAUCUUGUUCAUUGUGAAAUGCUUGGAAGCUUACUUCCCUGAAUCUUUAGGUAUUAUGUUGAUCCAUAACGCUCCAUGGAUCUUUAACCAAAUCUGGAAAGCAUUGGCUCCUUUGCUUGACCCAGUCGUUCGUUCAAAGAUUCGUUUCACAAAGGGUCCCUCAGAUAUGGAAGACAAGAUUCCAACUGAACGUUUCUUGGAACCACUCAAGGGAAAUAUGAAGACCAAGUUUGAAUUUAUCGAACCUGAAAAGGAUGACAACAAAUUACACGAAGACAAAGAAAAACGUGAAAGCACGAUGAAGAACUACAUGGAUUUGGCUAAAGAAUACGAAGAUGCAACUCGUGAAUGGGCAGAAAAAGGUGACAAUAAAGCAUCUGACAAACGUCAAGUGUUGGUCAAGAAAUUGCGUGUGGCUCAAUUCGAGAUGGAACCUUAUUGGCGCGGUAAGACUGUCGUUCAUAGAGCCGGUCAAAUUGAUGGUCAAGGUAUCGUUACGUGGGUUUAUGAACAAAAAGAUGGCGAAGCGAUCCGUCACGUUGUGGGACGUCGUCAUUGUGUUGCAGUGAUGAAGCGUGAAAUUAAAGAAAUCGAAGAAGGUUCAUCAAUCAAAGAUGCCGAAAAGAAAUCCGAAGAAGCAGAACAGAAUAGCGAUUGGAUUAAACUUUAUGGAGAUGAGAAGACUGCUCGUGGUGCCGGUGCUGCUGGAGGAGCCGCUGCCGGUGGUGCUGCUGCUGCAGGUGAAAAAGAAGAACUUCCAGCAAAAGACUCAUUUGAAGAUGCACCACAAGCACCUCAAGAAGCUACUGCCAAAGCCGUCAAC